AGGAUCGCAAGAGGUGGGAUAUCUCACGAAUAUAUAUACUCCGGGGAUUCUAGGUAGGAUCAACCACAAAUUCAAACGUUCUCAAUCGAUUUGAAUCGACAUCCCAAAAUACAACCCAAAAUGUUCAAAUUCGCCGUUGUUGCCCUCAUCGCUUGCGUUGCUUUCGCUAAUGCUGGAGUGAUCACACCACUUGUGAGCACCCACACCGUAUCCAGCCAUGGAUCAAUCCAAUCUCACCCAUCUCCAGUUGUCCACUCUGUUCACGCUGUUCACACUGUCCCUGUUGUAAAAUCUGUUGUGCCAGUUGUACACGCUGUACAUGCUGCUCCAGUUGUACACUCUGUACACGCUGUACCAGUUGUCAGAACCGCCGCUGUAGUCCACCACGCUCCAGUCAUUGCUGUCCAUCAUUAGAACUCAAUGUACGCUGUGAUUAUAGAAUAAGUCUUCAUGUGUAUUAUAUUUAAAGCUUUGAAUAUAAAAAAAAAUAUUA